AUGGGAAAAAACAAUAAUGUCACUGUAUUUAUUCUCUUGGGAUUUUCUCAAAGCAAAAAUAUUGAAAUCUUCUUCUUUGCCUUAUUUUUGUUUUGCUAUAUUUCUAUUUGGAUAGGAAACUUGCUCAUCAUAAUUUCUAUCACAUGCAGUCAUCUAAUAAACCAACCCAUGUAUUUAUUCCUUAAUUAUCUCUCUGUGUCUGACCUCUGCUACACAUCCACUGUGACACCCAAACUAAUGACGGACUUGUUGACAGAAAUGAAGACCAUUUCCUAUAAUACUUGCAUGACCCAGCUGUUUUCCACACAUUUCUUUGGAGGCAUUGAGAUCUUUAUCCUCACAGGGAUGGCCUAUGACCGCUAUGUGGCCAUCUGCAAGCCCCUACACUACACUGUCAUCAUGAGCAGGCAUAGAUGUAACACAAUCAUCCUGGCUUGUUGUACUGGAGGAUUCAUACAUUCUGCAAGUCAGUUUCUUCUCACCAUCUUCUUACCCUUCUGUGGCCCCAAUGUGAUAGAUCAUUACUUCUGUGAUGUGUAUCCUUUGCUGAAACUGGCCUGCACUAAUACACAUAUAAUAGGUAUUUUAGUCAUUGUUAAUUCAGGCCUAAUUGCUUUGGUGACUUUUCUUGUCUUGAUGUUGUCUUAUUUUUAUAUAUUGUACACCCUCAGAGCAUAUUCCGUAGAGAGCCGAAACAAAGCUCUUUCUACUUGCAGCUCUCACAUAACAGUGGUGGUCCUCUUUUUUGUACCUGCAUUAUUCAUUUAUAUUAGGCCAGACACAACUUUUCCAGAGGAUAAAGUUCUUGCUCUUUUCUACACCAUUAUUGCUCCUAUGUUCAAUCCUCUGAUCUAUACUUUGAGAAAUAUGGAGAUGAAGAAUGCUAUGAGGAAAGUUUGGUGCCAUCAAAUGCUGUUGGAAGGAAAGUAA